AAUGCAAAAUUUACAACAAGAACUUGAAAGGAUAAAGAUAGAAUUAAAUUUGAGAAAUGAACGAGAGGCUUCCAAUAUCGAUUCUCUGAAGUUAACUACUUCCAAUGAAUUGCAAAAGCUGAGAAAUGAUAACGAGAAACUUUUGGAUAAACUGGAAGAGAGAAGAUUGGAAUCAACCAACAAUAGGAAUACGAUAGAAGAUCUAAAUAAUCAGGUUAAAAAAUUGGAUAAUUUCCCAAAUCCUUUUGUUGUUGAAGAAACAUUAACGUUUCUUAAAAAUCAAUAUAAAGUGGCAACUAAAGAAAUCGAAGAUAUAAAGGAAAAGUUAAAUUGUCUUGAUAAUACUGAGGUGAUGUUAAAAGAGGCUAUUUGUUUAUUAAUUUCAAAGAGAUUAUUAUUUCGUUUUAAGCAGGAGAAAAAAAAAAUUCUUCAAAAUGAGAAAUUAGCCCAUUCAAUCACUAAGAAACACUUAAAGUUUGUUCGCGACGAGCUAAUUAAAGUUGAAAAUCAAAUGAGAAAACAAAGAGAUAUGUAUAACGAAAGACUUUCUAGUAUGGCUAAUUGCGAAACUGGAAAAACUCGAAUUGAAAAAAUCGAUCAAAUAAUUAUUGUUUCUGAUGAAAAAGCACAAAUGUUGCUUGAUGGAAGUGGAAUGAUUUGA